GUUUCGUGGAAUUCCUUAAUCGAAGCUAGUCUCUUUUGUUACCUGCUGUAAACCUAAUUUGUGUCCCUAUUAAUUUCGUGUCUAAUUUUGCGUGUGUACGUAAUUCAGUAGGGGGCAACAGUAAUGUCGUUUGAUUUGGUGUUGAAGCCGUGUUGUGGCGGCUGUGGAUCGUCUAAGGAUCUUUAUGGAAGCAAUUGCAAGCACUUGACUCUGUGCUUCGCUUGUGGCAAAACCAUGGCCGAGGACGGUGGUAAAUGCUGCGAGUGCGGCGCCACCAUCACUCGCUUGAUUCGGGAAUAUAAAAUCCGGGCAUGUUCCAGCAGCGACAAGAACUUCUUCAUUGGUAGGUUUGCUACGGGUUUACCAAUUAGUAUUUCAAGCAAGCGGAAUGCCCAGAACAAAUGGUCUCUCCUGAAAGAAGGAUUACUAGGUCGCCAACUAACUGAAGCUUUGCGGGAGAAAUACAAGAAUAAACCUUGGCUAUUGGUGAACGAAAUGGGCCAAUCUCAGUACCAUGGUUACCUUGAGGGUGCACCAUCUUCAUCUUUCUACCUGCUAAUGAUGCAGGGGAAGGAGUUUGUUGCUAUUCCUGCAGGUUCUUGGUACAACUUUAACAAAGUUGCACAAUAUAAGCAACUUACCUUGGAGGAAGCUGAAGAGAAAAUGAAAAAUAGAAGAAAAACUGCAGAUGGGUAUCAAAGAUGGAUGAUGAAAGCUGCGAACAAUGGACCUGCGGCAUUUGGUGAAGUAGAAAAGAUUGAUGAUAAGGAACGUGGGGCUAGUUGUGGAAGAGGACGUAAAAAACCUAGAGGGGAUGAUGGUGAAGCUAAUGCUUCAGAUAAUGGAGAAGAUGAUGAAGAGGAACAGGAAGAGGCAGCGAGAAACAUUACAGGUGGUGGGCUCUUCAGAAGAGGCAAUAACGACGACGAAGAAGGUACAAGAGGAGGUGACCUUGAUCUGGAUGAUGACGAUUUUGAGAAGGGUGAUGAUUGGGAGCAUGAAGAGACCUUUACUGAUGAUGAUGAAGCUGUGGGUAAUGAUCCCGAGGAACGAGAAGAUUUAGGUCCAGAGAUUCCUGCCCCUCCAGAAAUUAAACAGGAUGAAGAUGAAACAAAUGAAGAGGAGGGAGGAUUGAGCCAAUCUGGAAAAGAGUUGAAGAAGCUGCUCGGGCGAGCUUGUGGUUCGAAUGUUAUGGUUGUAGAGGGUGACGAUGGCAAUGAUGAUAUAAAUGAUGAUAUUUCACCGGUGUUGGCUCCCAAUAAGAAAGAUGCUCUGAAAGAAGGACCUGCCAAUAACAUCAAGGGAACCCCAACUAUCUCCAAGUCAGCAAAGGGAAACAGAGAACUUAAUCGUGAGGAUGCAAAAGCUAGUGAUGGUGCACCUCCAAAAAAAGUGAAGACAGAAAAUGAGGCGAAAUCUUCGAAAGAUAAACCUUCGUCAUCUUCGAAACAUGCAUCGACUGAUUCAUCUGCUGGACCUGUCACAGAAGAUGAAAUCCGGGCUGUUCUAUUGCAAAAGUCUCCUGUGACUGCUAAGGAUCUUGUCAAUGUGUACUUCAAAGCAAGACUACGAUGUGACAAGGAUAAGGAUGCUUUCAAGGCUAUAUUCAAGAGGAUUUGCAAGAUCGAACAAACAGAUGGGCAGAGCUAUGUAGUUUUGAGCGAAAAAGGCAUGUCCAACAAAGCAGUUUAGUAUGAUAACUUGUUUUAUGUUUCUGCACUCUCCCUCCAAAAGGGAUACAGAGGGGAAAAAAUAGGGGCAAGAAGUGUGCUUUAAGCCCUAUACAUCUGAUAGGUUAAGAUAGGUUAAUUUUCUGACACUGAAUUAGGAUUUAGGACACGGUAUGAACUUGCUGAAUUAGGACACUGAUGCAGUAGUUUGAGCUUUUGAAA